CAGAGUUGGCGGCGGCACAGAGUUUGCAGUGCGGCUCGCGCUUCCCAGCUUUUGCGCCCGGCUGUCCGUGCCCACCGUGCCCGUCCUGCCAUGGCAGCGGCCACCCUACCGCCCCGGACCCGGUGGCUGACCCUGCUCCUGCCGCUGCUGCUGUGCGUGGGCCCUGUGCGCGCUGAUAGUAAGAUGUUUGGUGAUGUGGACCAGGUGCGGAUGACCUCCGAGGGCUCCGACUGCCGCUGCAAGUGCAUCAUGCGGCCGCUGAGCAAGGACGCAUGCAGCCGCGUGCGCAGCGGGCGGGCGCGUGUGGAGGAUUUCUACACCGUGGAGACCGUGAGCUCCGGGACCGACUGCCGCUGCUCCUGCACAGCGCCACCCUCCUCGCUCAACCCCUGCGAGAACGAGUGGAAGAUGGAGAAACUCAAGAAGCAGGCACCCGAGCUGCUCAAGCUGCAGUCCAUGGUGGAUCUCCUGGAGGGCGCCUUGUACAGCAUGGACCUGAUGAAAGUGCAUGCCUACGUCCACAAGGUGGCCUCCCAGAUGAACACGCUGGAAGAGAGCAUCAAGGCCAACCUGAGCCAGGAGAACCAAGUGAUGAGGGAGAGCAUGCGCCACUUCGGCGAGCAGCUGAAGCACUAUGAGAACCAAUCGGCCAUCAUGAUGAGCAUCAAGAAGGAGCUCUCCAGCCUGGGCCUCCAGCUGCUGCAGAAGGACGCAGCCACAGCCCCCGCCGCGCCCCCAGCCACCGGCCCCGGCAGCAAGGCUCAGGACACAGCUGGAGGGAAAGGCAAAGACAGUAACAAAUAUGGCAGCGUGCAGAAGAGCUUUGUAGACAGGGCCCUCCCAAAAGCUCCUAAGGAGAAGCUGCUGAAGGCGGAGAAGGUGAGAAAGGAGGGCGGCCAGGGCCGAUUCCCCCAGCCCACAGCCAAGCCCCGGGCCCUGGCCCAGCAGCAGGCAGUGAUCCGAGGCAUCACCUACUACAAGGCAGGCCGGAAGGAGGCCACCGAGGCUGACAACACCCUCAAGGGCACUUCCUGGCUGGAACAGCUGCCGCCCAGAGCGGAGGGCAGGCCACCUGAGCCCAACUCGGCGGAGCCGGAGCACGAGGAGGAUGGGCCCAGGGCCUCAGAGGGAGCAGACUUAGCCCCUGGCACCACCUCCUCAAACCCAGCCACCACCCCCACCCCCACCGCCACCACCAGUGCCCUGCCCACUGAGCCACCUUCACGCCCAGAAGUCCCCAGCCAAGGCAGAGGGGCCAGCUGCGAGGGCACCCUCCGGGCCGUGGACCCCCCUGUGAGGCACCAUAGCUAUGGGCGCCAUGAGGGAGCCUGGAUGAAGGACCCUACCGCACGGGAUGACAGGAUCUACGUCACUAACUACUACUAUGGAAACAGCCUGGUGGAAUUCCGCAACCUGGAAAACUUCAAGCAAGGCCGCUGGAGUAACAUGUACAAGCUGCCCUACAACUGGAUCGGCACGGGCCACGUGGUGUACCAGGGCGCCUUCUACUACAACCGCGCCUUCACCAAGAACAUCAUAAAGUACGACCUGCGCCAGCGCUUUGUGGCCUCCUGGGCGCUGCUGCCCGACGCAGUGUAUGAGGACACCACGCCCUGGAAGUGGCGCGGCCACUCGGACAUCGACUUCGCCGUGGAUGAGAGCGGCCUGUGGGUCAUCUACCCUGCUGUGGAUGAUCGUGACGGGGCUCAGCCCGAGGUGAUUGUGCUGAGCCGCCUGGACCCCGGCGACCUCUCCGUGCACCGCGAGACCACAUGGAAGACACGGCUGCGGCGGAACUCCUACGGGAACUGCUUCCUGGUGUGCGGCAUCCUGUACGCCGUGGACACGUACAACCAGCGGGAAGGCCAGGUGGCCUAUGCCUUCGACACGCACACGGGUACCGACGCCCGCCCGCAGCUGCCCUUCCUCAACGAGCACGCCUACACCACACAGAUCGACUACAACCCCAAGGAGCGGGUGCUGUACGCCUGGGACAAUGGCCACCAGCUCACCUACACCCUGCACUUUGUGGUCUGAGUGGGACACUGUCAUAGGACAGGAGUGGCAGUGGGCACAGGGCUUCCCACAGGGGCUGCAUCAGCAGAUAUUUAUUGGGGCCAGGCCUGGGGCCAGGUGCUAGGCGCGUGGCGUAGCCGGUGUAAAGCUUCCUUAGUGGAAUAAUCAGUGGAAUAAUCGCCCUUUCACUCGCAGAGCAGUGUGCCAAGAGCUUCACAUGCACUGACCCUCUUCAUCCUCCUGACAACACCCUUAAAGGUAGAGAUAGGUGAGCUCAUUUAACAUAUGGGCACACUGAGGCUCCGAGAGACAACGUCCCUUGCUUAAAUAGCCUCCCUUUGGAUCAGGCAGGCCAUGCUGUCACAACAGCCCCAUUUUACAGAUCAGGAGACUUGACCACACUGUCCUCUACCUCCAGCCCUCUCUUCUCUCCCUAGUUUCUCUUGUUCUCUCCAGUGGGUUUCCCUUCCCGGGGCUACUCAAAACCAGAGGCCUUGGGGACCAGUGUUGGGUGGAGGCCAGGCUCUGUGUUGCACCACAGGCCCCGUUCUAGCUGAGCUGUUGGUGGCCCUGGGCUUCGGGCCCCUUGGCUAAUGUCCUUGCUCCUUGCCUUUGGCCAGCCCUCCCACCAUACCCUACCCGCUGUCCAACCACAUUCCAAACCUCCACGGUCACCCAGUCACUGAGCAGAAACCACACCCCGAGAAAAAAUACCGGCUCCCAUUCCAAGUUCCCCCUCCCUCUGUACUCAUUUUUUUCUCUUCAUCAUUAGGGCCGUCAUUUGUUUCUGCAGCAGCAGCUGAGAAGGCUGCAGGCAGCUGCCUGCCAACAGCGACUUUACCAGGGUGGGGAGCUGGGCCUGGCCCCGAAGCUCCCUCUCCACCCAGAAGUGCUGGCUUUGGGCACAUACCCAGGCUGUGGGACUCCUCCCCAGUCUCUCCCAGAGCCUUUGGGCCUGGGGUCCACCCUGUCCUUUCUCUUUGAACCCACAACCUAUAUGUACUCAGGGAUUCCUCCAGGUCUGCCAUGAGCAAGACCCUAGGCCCAAGGCCCAGGUGGGGCCAGGAUGAAAUAGGUUCCCUCUUCCUUGUCAGUUCCUGACCUGAUCAUUUGGUGGGAUGGCCCAGCAGCCUGGCAGGCCAAGGAAGGCCAAGAUCAGAGCGGUCGGGUCCAGGGGAGGCAUCAGACCUUCUGGUUGUAGGAAAGAGCCAGAGGGCUUUUCCUGGUUUCAGAGAUGUUCAUGCCAGGGCUGCCCGAGCCCAGGGCUUGGGGCUGAGGCUGCACAGGUGGGCCACCUCAGCUGUGCUGCUGAUGGCUCCCCCGAGUCUCAAGACUCAGGCAGCCCAGAGAACAAGACCUUCAAGCCUGCCCCUCAUCUGCUCCGGACAGUAUUUUUACAGCUGGGAAGAAGUUCUCCAGUCCAACUCUGUUUCACCAAAGGAGAAAUAGGUCCAGAAAGGUUUAGAAAGUGGCUUGGGGCAUUCUGGGAACAUGACACAGCCGCUCUUCUUUCAGAAGGGCUUUGUCUAUAUCCUCUACUCGCCUGGCUUAGCGGCAGCUCUGCCUGGGAAGACAAUAGACUCCCCAGCACCCAAACCAUCCCAACACCUCUUAAGGGUAUUUACUGCUGAUCCCUACACAACCCCCAGACCCUGCUCCCCUCACUCGGUCCUCAUGCCAGCUCCCGGAUAUCUGUAUAUUUGAACACCCAGCUGCCAUGUUAGGAAAUUUAGCUGCAUACUGAGAGCAUAAGGAAAUGCAUUUCAUGCAGAAUACAUUUCUUUGUCUUGUCAGGUGAUUUUUGUAUUGUCAGGUGAUGUUUUGUUUAAGCUGUAACUCACCCCUGAAAUAAAGGGGAAUGAUGACGCCCAACCAAGCAAAGUCUGACUCAUAGUGGUGGACACAUCCAGCCUCCCCCACCCACCCAGCCACCGGCUCUUCCGGGGGCUGCGUUUCCCUUGACCCUGGGUGUGGGUAUUACAAGACUGUGUCUUUCAUGAUAUCACAGCCCAACCAUGUGAGUGAGACAUGGUCAGCCUCCUCAUUCUCCAUUAGUCUGAAAAAUGGGGAAUAUAGAAUGGACCGAUUUUGAAAAAGGACAAGCACAAUUGUUUCCUGGGGUAGAUGAUGCUGGCUGCAGCCUCCAAACACUAAGCCCCUUCUGUCUUCAGGCCCUUGUAUGUGGGUUAUGUGGUAGGUAGUUACUUUCCUUAGUUUACAGAUAGUCAAACUGUAGCGCAAAGAAGUUAAGGCAUUUGUCAUGUAGGCAGGUAAGUGGAGGGCCAGGUUUGAAAAUCAGGUAAUGUAACCGUAUCACUGACUGAGCAUCAACAGUGUGCUAAGCAUGCCCUGUGCACAUGCUUGCCUCUUCACAACAAUGGGAGGUAUAUGCUCCGAAUGUCCCUAUUUUAUAGAUGAGGAAACUGCGGUAAAGGGAUUUAUCCAAGGUCACAGAGCAGCUUAGUCUGUGGUAGAGUCGGGGUUUCAGGACUGGUCAGUACCAACGGCAUGCCACUCUAGUGGCAGUUCCAGAAAUGGUGGCUGUUGCUUUUAUACAGUGUGGCCAUGCCACAAACUGUAUCCACAUAGGAGACCCAAGAAGGAGGUUGGGGUCCUCUUGGUAAGAGCCUUUAAUGCCAAGCCAAGGAGUUACUGCUUCCAGUCACAUUUGGAACAAAGUUGAGUAUAUAAAGAGAAAAGACAAUUCUAAGACAAUUGGAUUUAUACCAAAGCCCUAAACUAAUUGUUGUUAGGAAGCUUGUAACCAGUUAUGUUUUCUGUUUUGCUUUGGCCUCUGGGAAGCUCAAAGUCAAAUUUGAGAUUAUUUUUUAACAGUUGUACUGAGUCUCCUACAGGACUCGGGCUUCAUUCUAGCUUUCUGCUUUUAUCUUUAUUCUGAUCUCUAUUUUCAGUCUAUUGUAUUUUAUCUAUUUUUGUACAUUGCCACAAUACCUUUUUUGCAACAAGGUGGCAUAUACCUAAAUAAAUACAGGAUCAAGAGCUUAAUUUAACAGUCUUGGCUAAAUGCUAUGGUCUGGGGCCGGCCGAGUGGUGCGUUGGUUAAGAGCUGGCUUGGGACGCCAGCUCUGUGCAGCAGGGCCCCGG